AGAAACCAACUAACCUUUCGCUUGCGGUCCCAUCGGUCGGAGGAGCCGCGAUUUUUUUCCCGUUUGAGAUGCUGGAAGUGCCGACGAGUGUUCCACGCAGCACGCCGCUCGAGGUCGGUCUCUAGCGCCCCGGGCUCAAAAUUCCCGCCCCGUGCGGCGCAGCUCUCGACUCUUCCGAACGUCAGACAGCUCGCAUUGGACGCCGAGGCAACGACACACCGACUCAACAUGGCCGACGUUGCUGAAACCCGCUUCGAAGUGGAGCUUCAAGAUUCGGCCGGUUUGCUGUCCAAGCAGGCCGGCUCGCCGUACAUCCGAGAUCGGAAAAUGCUCGACGGAUCGAGCAAGCCCAGGAACGACGAAACCGAGCAACAACGAGGAUUCGCCCUGAACCUGAACCCCAACCUGAGCCCGAUCCAGAACCCGAACCGAAUGGAAAGUGCGAGCACGGACGAUGCCUCGUCCGCGCCUAAAAACGACCGUGAGUCCAAGCUGGCGGGCGGCAUGAAGGCAAGGGGGCGCUACCGUAGCCGCUCCCUCUCCGCCUCUUCCACGGACAGCUACAGCUCGGGUAAGUCAACCAAGAAUGCGCGAGACUAG